AUGUCGGAUACGUCCGUAAGCUCUUCCUACACCUUAUUCGCUCCUUCACACACCGUGCUGAUGCUUCCCCUCUUUCCACUCUGCCUCCACCUUCCCCCUCUCUCCUCGCCUCACACUGCCUCGCAACCGAAUGACGUCGCCCCCCCCCCACCCUUCCUCAGUCGCCACCCCCACCCCCAGCCCCAUCCGCGUCCCAACCCACCCGAACGAACCCCUCCGAACAUGCCAAACAACUCUUGACCCCCAUAGACGUGUCCGUGCCGCCUCUGAUCGUGCGAGGCCCCUUGAUCCCCACCUCGGACCCGUCCUCGUCCUCCACCUCGAUCGCACCCACCGGUGCCGAUGCCUUGCCUCCGACCAAUGCAACCGCCAUUCCCGAGACCGAAGCCACGACCACAUCCUCCAUCAGGAUCGAGUUGACCGAGCAACAGAUGCAGGAUCAGAGCAAGUGGACAGAGCAGAGGAUACAGCGCAAGAUGAGGGGAGAGUACGAGAGGGCAGCGCAGCAGCUCAGCGAGUUGGUCAGUUGCGCCUACGCCAUACAUACCAUACCGCGUCAACGUGGUCCUGAUCCCACUUUGGGUUGCUCGUACAGGUCAACGAAUCAUUGGACACGCCUCUGAGGCUCAACUCGAUCCGGAUCGUCGGCGCGAAAACGACCCGAUCCUCGUUCCUCUCGUCUCUCGUCGCACCCUUCCUACCCGAGAUCGCACCCCCAUCCUACCUCCAAUCAGAGCCCACGUCCCGACCCACAUCAUCGUCCUCACCCCAAACCUUGGCCUCGCUACUCAACACGACCCGCGAACUCUCGACCUUGCUGUCCCAGUUUGACAUUUUCCGGCAGAUUGACGCCUCGCUCGAACAAUCACCGAGUGUGCUCGCUGAACCGGGCGAUGUUGAUAUCGUGCUCCGCGUCAAGGAGGCACCCAAGUACUUUUUACGGACAGCGACCGAUGUUGGCGACGGUGAAGGAUCAGCCGUGAGCCUCGCUCUCCUUACACUCGUCUCUCCCAUUCCUUCCUUCAGUGCACUGACUUCUUCCUCCCCUACUCGCCCUCCCAGACGGCGACGGCCCGGAUCCGCAACGCUUUUGGAGGAGCGGAACAAGUUGAAGGCAACAUCGCGUUCGGUACGCGCACCAAGUCCGCCUUCCAACUCCGAGUCGAUACCCCGAUCAACGCCUCGCCGAAUUCGCGUGCCGAACUCGCCGUCUUUUCCGCCAAUCGCGACCUGAGCUACUACGCCAGUUGUGGCGAGUACACCAAAGGUGCCCAGGCCAAGAUCAGGGUCAGUUCAACACGGACCAUCGUCUUUGACACGCUCGAUCUCGAUACUGACCUUUCCGUAUCUACAGACCUUGACCCCGUUUGGUCUGUCCGAACUCUCGUACGAAGCCGUACUGCGCAACCUCUCCGACAUCCUGCCCAAAGCCUCCAUGUCGAUCCGCAACGCCGCCGGACCCUCAGUUAAAUCCUCCCUCUCGCACACCCUAACCAGGGACACGCGCGACGACCUCUUCGCGCCUACUCAAGGGUCCUUCCUCCGCUUCAAACAAGAGUACGCCGGCCUGGGGGGCGACGCGCAAUUCUUCAAAACGGAAACUGAAACUUCGACCAGUCGACCGCUACCUUUCUGCCCACCCGGAUGGACCCUAUCCUUCGGUUCGAGAACAGGUUGGUUACAACCCCUCAACGCUUCACGCACGUCCCAUUUCAUCGAUCGAUACCAACUAGGGGGACCGACCUCGAUGCGACAAUUCCGACCGAAUUCGCUCGGUCCCAAGGACGCGGCCGAUCAUUUGGGUGGGGACCUCUUUUGGGCCACCGGACUUUCGCUCGCCGUUCCUUUUACGCCUAAACCUCACUGGCCUUUGAAGGUACAUACCUUCCUCAACGCGGGCAAGUUGUCCACCUUUGAUCCUCAACGAGGAUUUAUCGGUAAUUUGAGGGGUUUGGUCAAGGAACCUAGUGUGAGCGUAGGGUUGGGUUUGAUGUAUAGACAUUCAUUGGUGAGGAUCGAAGCGAACGUGGGCGUACCUUUGGCGAUGGGCAAGCAGGAAGGUGGGGUGAAAGGAUUGCAGUUUGGGUUGGGGAUGAGUUUCCUUUGA